UGCUUUAACUUGUAAGUUGAACUCGAGAUUUAGGGCUGCUUCGUUUAAGACGGGACAGCAGAUGACACAUUAAUUCAUCACAGGGCUGAUAUGUAAACCCGUGUUUGCACGUCGUAUUGGACGUAUAGACUCUUUCAUCGUACGUGCUUUUAUUUUAUUUUUUCAUCCUUUUUUUGAGUGACUUCCCCCCCACCCACGGAGGCUGUGUUAAUUUAAACAAAAUGAAGUUCAAUGGACACCUUAAGCUGAGAAUUGGCGAGGCCGUGAACCUCAAACCCACAACCUUCUCUCUCCGUCAUUCUGUCAUCUUCAACAAGGCGCCAUCGUCUUUGGAUCCGUACAUCAUGGUGAAGGUGGACGAUCUGAAGAUUGGACAGACGCACACAAAACACAAAACCAGCAAGCCGACUUACAACGAAGAUUUCUGUCACAAGGUCAUCGAUGGAAACCACAUCGAGUUGGCCGUUUUCCACGACACCCCGAUCGGCUACGAUGACUUUGUGGCCAACUGCACUAUUCAGUUUGAGGACCUCAUUAAAAACUCCAAUACAGAGGAAACUUUCGAGGGAUGGAUGGACCUGGAGCCAGAGGGCAAAGUUUACAUUGCUGUUUCUCUCACUGGAUCCUUCACUGAUGAUGGCACCUUAGAGAAAGAAAAGACAUACAGGCAGUUCACAAGGAAGCGCCAGGGGGCUGUGAGACGGCGGAUCCACCAGGUCAAUGGACACAAGUUCAUGUCCACCUUCCUCCGCCAGCCCACCUUCUGUUUCCACUGCCGAGAGUUCAUAUGGGGUGUAUUCGGAAAACAGGGUUACCAGUGCCAAGUGUGUACCUGUGUGGUCCACAAACGAUGCCACAAGCAGGUUGUCACGGUGUGUCCACGCAUGAAGAAUCCUCCCAAGGAGCAGACCACAACCCAAGGGUUCAGUAUCAACGUGCCUCACAAGUUCAAUAUUCACAACUAUAAGUCGCCCACCUUCUGUGACCACUGUGGCUCAUUACUGUGGGGACUAGUCAGACAGGGGCUGCACUGCAAAAUCUGUAAAAUGAAUGUGCACAUUCGUUGUAAGGGCAACGUGGCUCCCAACUGCGGGGUCAACAGUGUGGAGCUGGCCAACACGCUGGCAGAGAUGGGUCUGCACUCUGGAGGACUCCCCAAACGCAACUCAGUGGCUAACGCUCAGCACCAAUCCAGGGCUCCCUCUGUCAAGGAGAAUGAGGAACCUCAGCAGCCGACCAGACGUCUGGGCAUUUCAAACUUCACUUUCCUCCAGGUGUUGGGCAAGGGUAGCUUCGGCAAGGUGAUGCUGGCAAGAUUGAAUGAUGGAGAGCUGGUGUUUGCUGUCAAGGUGCUGAAGAAGGACAUAAUUCUGCAGGAUGACGACGUUGAGUGUACCAUGACAGAAAAGAGAGUGCUGUCGCUAGCUCGCUGUCACCCCUACCUCACGCAGCUGUACUGCUGUUUCCAAACACCAGACCGUCUUUUCUUUGUGAUGGAGUUUGUCAACGGUGGUGACCUUAUGUUCCACAUUCAAAAGUCCAGGAAGUUUGAGGAGGUCAGAGGUCGCUUCUACACAGCGGAGAUCACCUCAGCGCUCCUAUUCCUGCACAGCAAAGGCAUCAUUUAUAGGGAUCUGAAGCUGGAUAAUGUUCUUCUAGAUAAAGAUGGCCAUUGCAAACUGGCAGACUUUGGCAUGUGCAAAGAGGGCAUAUUUGAAGGUUCAGCAACAGGCACAUUCUGUGGUACACCUGAUUACAUUGCUCCUGAGAUCCUCCAGGAGAUGCUGUAUGGACCCUCUGUUGAUUGGUGGGCCCUGGGGGUGCUGCUCUAUGAGAUGCUCUCGGGACAUGCACCCUUCGAAGCAGAGAACGAAGAUGACCUGUUUGAGUCCAUCCUCAAAGAAGAGGUUGUCUAUGCGUCCUGGCUUAGCACGGAGGCUGUGAACAUACUCAAAGCUCUCUUGACCAAAAACCCUGCCCGUCGUCUCGGCUGUGUUGCUUCAGAGGGGGGCGAGAAUGCUGUGAUAAGACAUCCCUUCUUCACUGGCCUUGACUGGGAAAAGCUGAACCGUAGAGAGCUGGAGCCGCCAUUCAAACCCAGGAUUAAAACAACAGAGGAUGUCAACAACUUUGACCCCGACUUUACUCAGGAAGAGCCCACCCUCACGCCCAUUGAUGAUCCCCUCAUCCCCUCCAUCAAUCAAGAUGAGUUUCAUAACUUCUCUUAUACCUCACCUGAACUUCUGGAAAACUAAGAGUCCCAGCGACCUGUCAGUGUGCAUAUCUGUUCCAGGCCCUGAUAACUUCUGUUUACCUUCAGCCCUCUCGAUGUCUUCUUCAUACUUGGCACAGACAAUUCCCAAUGUUAAAACACCACACAUGAUAUCUUGAUGAGACCCAAAGACUUGAUGGUUGGCCAUGCUACUGAGCAAGCCCAAUGAAUGCUCCCACAGCAGGAAUGGGAGUUGCACUUAAUAAACUCUGCAGCACUGCGACUACUGUAACUGGAAAAAGCCACUUCAAGGCAACCAUUAAAUGGCAGCCUCUGAAUGGUCAUUUAUUUUUUUUAACUGCCAUAUGGUUGUAAGAUAGGAUCACGCCCUGUCUGUGUGUUCUUACUGAGAAGCAGUUUGUAAAGUGAUUUUUUUGUAUACCUGUAUUGCAUGUUUAACAGCCUUGUUGAUCUCUUAAUCGUUCAUCGUUGAAAGAGGAAAACAAGCCAAUCCAAUGAGCUUAACUGGCACUGUGGCUGAAAUAAUUUUCAGACUCUUGCAGACUUAUUACAACUGUAUGGUAGAACAGAAGGAAUAUGUUGUAAAUUUGCUCCCAGCCUCUUAAACAAGAAAGAACUUGUGAAAUAUACAGCUAUGGUUCA